CACUUGACACCACGCUGUGUCUCCCUACCAUACUUAAUGGCACACGAGCCGAAUAUAAAUUUCCCCCUCUGAACCCCCCCCUCAUCUCAGUACGCUAUCCUUUGGCACAAUCCCCUCGUUGACUCCAUCAUGAGUAGCGAGGACCACAAGUAUGAUGUUAAUAGCGUCGAGAAGAACCAGCCCGACGUCGGAGUUCACGUCGUUGCCGACGGAAGGCACCAGUUCGAUGUCGCUUCAAUCGACUUGGUACAGCGUCGACUCAAGCAACGCCAUGUUCAGAUGAUUGCUAUUGCUGGAACACUCGGUACAGGUCUUUUCCUGGGUUCUGGGAAGGCUCUCAGUGGCGCAGGCCCCCUUGGUGCCCUUAUCGCAUACGCCCUCGUAGGCUCAGUGGCAUACUCCUCACUGUGUUCCAUCGGUGAAAUGACGUCUCAUGCCCCAAUCUCAGGGACAUUCCCCCAUUUUGCCGCACGAUGGGUCGACCCUGCACUUGGUUUCGCAGUUGGAUGGAACUACUUUUAUACCAACGUGAUAACUGUGCCGGUGGAAAUCACAGGCGCUCAGAUUCUUAUCACUUAUUGGGAUUCCAAUCCGAAUCACGCUGGUAUUUACACCGCAAUUAUCAUUGUUUUUGCUUGCGCAACGAACAUCUUCGGUGUACGGUAUUUUGGUGAAGCGGAAUUCGUGUUCUCGAUCAUUAAACUCACGAUGAUCACCGGUCUCAUUCUUGUUGGUCUGAUCAUCGAUCUCGGCGGUUCACCAAAUCACCACCGGCUGGGCUUCCAGUACUGGAAAAACCCCGGUAUUUUCGCAGGUGCUGGGCUAGAACCACAGGAUAUUGGCCUGGACCGCUUCUUGGGCAUUCUGAGUGUUAUUGUUCAAGCAUCAUUCUCAUUCCAAGGCAUGGAACUCGUCGCAAUCGCUGCUUCGGAGACCGAGAACCCCCGCCGGAACAUCGCAAAAGCCGUCCGCAGGGUAUUCUUCCGUAUUUUAGUUUUCUAUAUCCUCGGUAUCUUUGUCACUGGCCUUAUUGUUCCUUACAACGAUCCCAACUUACUCCAAUCCACGGGUACUGCUGCUGAGUCUCCCUAUGUCAUUGCCAUGACGAAUGCUGGAAUUAAAGUUCUACCAAGCAUCAUCAAUGCCGGCGUCAUGACCAGUGCAUUCAGUGCUGCAAACUCGUUCCUCUUCUGUUCAUCUCGUAUUCUGUACGGUCUUGCUCUCCGAGGGCAAGCACCCAAGGUUUUCGCAAGGUGCACGAACUCUGGACUUCCGCUCAUCGCUGUUGGAUUCUCUAGCAUAUUUGCAUUCCUCGCGCUCAUGAACAUCAAGUCUGGUGGCGCAACAGUGUUUAACUGGUUCGUCAACCUCUCAACUGUGGGCGGCUUCUUCGGUUGGGGAUCUAUCAACUUGACCUACAUAUACUUCCACCGCGGAAUGAAGUACCAAGGCAUUGACCGCACAAAGCUCCACUACUGGAACCGCUUCCAACCAUGGCUUUCGAUCUGGGGAUUGAGCUGGUGCAUUUUCUUCAUCAUCAUCAACGGCUUCGAAGUCUUCUGGACUUUCACCGCCUCCGGCUUCCUCACUGCCUAUAUCAACAUACCGCUGUUCUUCGGUCUUUACUUUGGCUGGAAGUUUAUGAAAAAGACCGAGGUCUGGAAACCAGAAGAGAUGGACUUUGUGACAGGUAUUCCCACCCCAGAGGAGACAGAAGGGCCAUACUACCCUCCCGAAGGUUUCUGGCAAAAGCUUGCUGAAAUUUUGUUCUAGGCUGUUGUUGUACGGAUUUAGUCACUGUCCCCGGCUCUCGUUUGGUCAGAGCUGUAAUUCCCCUUUUUUUUAUUUUUGAUGUGUAGCGAUGGAUGACUUGUCUAUGUUGUGUUAAAUACCUGUAAUGGUUUGUUGAGAACGAAACGAUUACGCUCUUUAUGAUGUGUACUGUGCAGUGCGGCAUUGAAUAUAUCAUAAUCCAUCGCUA